GGGCGGGCGGUGGUGUAUGUGUGUGUGAGUGCGUAUGUGUGUGUGUACGCGCGCGUGUGUGUGUGUGUGUCCGUGUGUGUGUACACUUUGAGCAUUGUCUGCAUCACUCUGCCAGUCGGAUCUGCUUCUGCUUUCCCUCACGGCCACAGCGGCUGAAGCAGAGGACCAGGCUGCGGCGAUGAGAGGUCAGGGACGGAGUCUGAAGGGGAGCUGCCCCUGAGGUCCAGACUUGAGCGCAGGCGCCGCGCGUUUGAGGCCGGAGGCGCCUCCCGGGGUCGCCUAGGAGCGCAGCUACUUGUUGAGUCCGUAACUUUCUCAGCGCUCCAGCCGCCGCCGUGAGUGUCGUGCGGAGUGAAGGACAGUGCUCACUAGGAUGUGUCACUAGGAUGUGCAGUCUGGGAUCUCGUGCUUGCCCAGGCUCCCGCGUCGGCCGGUGUUCACAAGGAGGGCCUGGAGAAGAGUGCGGGCUUUAUCGCUACACAUCUGAGAUUCAAGAUCACAUGAUCGUUUCGGAGACCCUUGACAUCUUCUCUCCACAAUCACUCCCUUUCUCCAAGAUGUUACAGGGAGGAUCCUGAAGAAGAAUGGCCAGCUCUGGUUCUCAAGACGUGGUCUGUGAGGAGUGGGCCUGCCUGGAUGCUGCGGAGAGGGUCUUAUACAGAGACAUGAUGUUGGAGACCUACAGAAACCUCCUCACAGUGGUGGGAAGUUCCAUUUCCAAACCCGAUCUGAUCACCUUAUUGGAGCAGGAGAGAGAGCCCUGGAUGGCUGUGACGGAAGAAGCAGACAGGCCCAGCCCAGAUUUGGAGUCAUGUAAUGAAGCUGAAAAUACAUCUCCAGAAAAUCAUAUUUAUAAUAGAAAUUUACUCAAACAGAGUAUACAACAAUUAAGUAAAGCUUUUGCCCUCAAGGCCUCCAGUUUCAGUAAUGGCCCCAAUUAUAGUACAUUCAAGGAACUACAGAGUUAUCAAGGACAUGUUGAUCAAAAGAUUAGUAACAAAGAAAAUCUGCCUACUUGCACCUGUCAGACUCUUGUUCACAAUAUAGAAAAAGCCUAUGAAUGUAAAGAGUGUAGUUCAACUCUUAUUCAGCAUCAGAGUAUGCACACUGGAGAGAAACCCUGUGGAUGUAAGGAGUGUGGGAAAACCUUUAGAUUCCACCAACAACUUAUAAGACCUCAGAAGUCUCACAGUGGUAAGAAACCUUUUGAAUGUGAGGAAUGUGGAAAGGAUUUUCAACUUCUCAGCCUGCUUAAGUACCAUAAAACCAUUCAUACAGGUACAAAACCAUUUGAAUGUGAGGAAUGUGGGAAGUUUUUCAAGCGAGUCUCCAGCCUUGUUGAACAUAGGUUUAUUCAUGCUGGUGUGAAGCCAUAUGAAUGUAAAGAGUGUGGGAAAACCUUUAAUCGUCGCUCAAACCUCACACAACAUCAGAAAUUUCACUCUGGUGAGAGACCCUUUCAGUGUAAGGAAUGUGGAAAAGCCUUCACUGUUCUGGCACAGCUCAUUCGCCACCAGAACAUUCAUACUGGAGAGAAAUCAUGUGAAUGUCAGCAGUGUGGGAAGAUAUUCAGAACUGGUUCAUACCUUGUGCAACACCAGAGUAUUCAUACUGGUGAGAAACCCUUUGAGUGUAAUGUCUGUGGGAAGGCUUUUAGGCUUCAGGUAUACCUUUCUGAGCAUCAGAAAACUCACACCGAUGAGAAACCUUUCAAGUGCAAACUGUGUGGAUCAGCCUUCAGACGUAAGAACCAACUUAGUGAACAUCAGAGAACUCAUACUGAUGAGAGACCCUAUCAGUGCAAGGAAUGUGGCAAAUUCUUUCGUCAACGUUCAAAUUUGAUUGACCAUCAGAGUAUUCACACUGGACAGAAACCCUUCAAGUGUAAAGAAUGCGGGAAGGUCUUUAGACUUAAUAUACUUCUCAUUCGUCAUCAGAAAUCUCACAGUGGUGAGAGACCUUUUGAAUGUAAAGAAUGUGGAAAGACUUUUCAUCUUCCCAGUCAGCUGAAUAACCAUAAAACUGUUCAUACAAGCAAAAAACCCUUUGAAUGCAAUGCAUGUGGGAAGUCCUUCAAACGUGUUUCCUCCCUUGUUCAACAUAGAAUUAUUCAUGCCGAUGUGAAACCAUAUGAAUGUAAUGAAUGCGGGAAAGCCUUUAAUCGUAGCUCAAACCUCACACAACAUCAGAAAAUUCACUCUGGUGAGAGACCCUUUCAGUGUAAGGAAUGUGGAAAAGCCUUCACUGUUCUGGCACAGCUCACUCGCCACCAGAACAUUCAUACUGGAGAGAAAUCAUUUGAAUGUCAGCAGUGUGGCAAGAUAUUUAGUUGUGGCUCAUUCCUUUUGCGUCACCAGAGUGUUCAUACCGGUGAGAAACCUUUUGAGUGUAAUGUUUGUGGGAAGGCUUUUAGGCUUCAGGUAUACCUUUCUGAACAUCAGAAAACUCACACUGAUGAGAAGCCUUUCAAGUGCAAGCUGUGUGGGUCAGCCUUCAGACGUAAGAACCAACUUAGUGAGCAUCAUAGAAUCCAUACUGAUGAGAGACCCUAUCAGUGCAAGGAAUGUGGGAAAAACUUCCGUCGACGUUCAAAUUUUACUGAACAUCAGAGUAUUCACACUGGAAAGAAACCAUUUCAGUGUAAGGACUGUGGGAAAGUCUUUAGACUUAAUAUACAUCUCAUUCGACAUCAAAGAUUUCAUAGUGGUGAGAGACCUUUCGAAUGUAAGGAAUGUGGAAAGACUUUCCAUCUUCCCAGCCAGCUUCAUUACCACAAAAACAUUCUUCAUACAGGUCAAAAAAUAUUUGAGUGUGAGAAAUGUGGGAAGUCCUUUAAGCGUGUCUCCAGCCUUGUUGAACAUAGGAUUAUUCAUGCUGGUGUGAAGCCUUAUGAAUGUAAAGAGUGUGGGAAAACCUUUAAUCGUCGCUCAAACCUCAUGCAACAUCAGAAACUUCACUCUGGUGAGAGACCCUUUCAGUGUAACGAAUGUGGAAAAUCCUUCACUGUUCUGGCACAGCUCACUCGGCACCAGAACAUUCAUACUGGAGAGAAAUCAUUUGAAUGUCAGCAGUGUGGGUCAGCCUUCAGACUUCAGUCCCAACUUCGUCAACAUCAGAGAAUUCAUACCAACAUGAAACUCUUUCAGUGCAAGGAGUGUGGGAAGGACUUUUUUCGUAGUACAGGCCUUAGAAUUCACCAGAGAAUCCACACUGGUGAGAAGCCCUUUCAGUGUAAGGAAUGUGGGGAAGCCUUUCAAUAUCGGUACCAAUUUCUUAGACAUUUUAGAAUUCAUACUGAUAAGAAUCCUUAUGAAUGUAAAGAAUGUGAGAAGUACUUUACUUGUGGUAGAGACCUUGAAGUACAUCAAAGAAGUCAUACUAGUGAGAAAUUUUACCAAUGUUAGGAAUGUGGGAAGGCCUUUAGUUGAAAAUCAAGCUUGGUUUGGCAUGCUAAAAUUCAUAUUGGUAAGAAACCUUACGGAUGUAAGGAAUGUGGAAAAGCCUUUAGUGAUAAUUCUAAUCUAGAAGUAUAUCAGAGAAUUCACACUGGUGAGAAACCAUGUGAAUCUAAGAAAGGUUGGGAAAUGUUUAGAUUUAGUUCAGCCUUCACUGCACAGUGGAGCAGUCAUACAGGCAUGAACACUGUCUCUGUAAAGAAUGCAGAGACUUUCAAUUCGAGCUGAGGCCUUGUUUUAACAUAAGGGAAUCCAUGCUGGAUUGAAACCCUGUGAAUACAAGGAAUGUGGGAACAUUUAUAGAAUUAGCUCAGCUCUUUUUUAAAAAAAAAAUAUUUAUUAUGUAUACAGCAUUCCUUCCAUGUGUGCCCACAAGCCAGAAGGGGGCGCCAGGUCUCAUUAUAGAUGGCCGUAAGCCACCAUGUGGUUGCUGAGAAUUGAACUCAGGACCUCUGGAAGAGCAGUCAGUGCUCUUAACCACUGAGCCAUCUCUCCAGCCCCUUAGCUGAGCUCUUAAAUGUCAUCAGAGCCCUUCUAGUUCUGCAUCCCUAUAAAUGUGAAGUAUGUGGGAAAGCCUUUAUUGUCAAUCAUGAACUUACACAUCAGAAAAUCCAUCAUUGUUAGGAGUCCUAUGCAUGUAAGGAGGAUGGACAAGACUUUGUAUGGAAAUUUUACUGAACGUCAGAGAAUUCAUUGGCAAGACUGUGGCUGAAAGAAUGUGGGAAGAACUUUAAUCUGACCUAGGAUUUGGUCAACAUCAAAGUAUUCCAAGAAACCCUUAGCGAAUCAGAGUGUGGGAAGUCUGUUGUUUAGAGAUGAAACUCUAUUGAGAAUAUCUUUGAAUGUCAGAAAUAAAGGAUAACCUCAUGUUCUUGAGUUAACUCAUCUCAUUCUAUAAACUUAAUUUGUCAAACACUAUUAACCCAGGACAGUCAGCUUAGGGAGAGCAGUUACUCAAACUUGGUUUAUCUGAGGCACCUUCCUUGUCACGAUUAAUGCUGUAUGUCUCCUGUCAUAUUAACAUAAACAUACUGAAUGUUUGCUUUCUUAUUGCAGAAUUUGUGAAUGGCCAGCCCAGUACCAGUCAAAGUAGUGGGAACAGAGUUAUAAUAAGUAAUAUGAUUUUUCAGCGUAUUUGGUCAAUGCCUGUGUUCUGUAAAAUAGGUUUUACAUUUUUCUCCCCUGACAUUACUGUAAUUGAUAUGACAGACCAUUGUACUUUAGAUAGUUUAGAAAACCUCAUGCAUUCAUUUUCUAUUAGAUUUUAAACAACUUCAUUCUGUAUACAUGUAAUGCAUAAAAAGGAAUAUGAAAGGAUUUGAGUCGCAAAUCCAUUCCUUAAGUAUUUGUGUGGAGAUAUUAAAAACAGCUAUCGAUGAAUAAGUACUUUCUAAAGGACUUAAACCCUUAAGAAUUUCAAAAGGUAAAAGAUCUCUGAUUUAUGUCCUCCACCCACACAGUAAGAUAAACUGUACAUUUGUGACAGGGCAAAAAAGUUCACAGGAUCGUCCAUCUCUUAGUCUUGCUGAGGCUUGUCAUGUUUGGGUAGAAUUUGAUUGUCUUGAUGGAGAAUCUCAUGAAAAAUUACAUAACUCUAUUCAGAGAAUCUGAGGUCAAAUUACCCCUGAUAGUUUGCCUGGCUUCACUUAAAGGGCCCGUAUGUUGAAAACUUCCCCUCCAGCUACUGCUUAUCUUGGCUACUGUUAAACUGUCUGCUUGGGCAAAAUCUCCCUCUGCACUGUUGAGCAAGAUUACAGAAUGUGGGAUUUAGUCUAAAUGCUUAGAGCUACACUUAGGUCCUGAAUACCUGAAUGUAAUCUCAGCUGGUUAUAAUAAAUCCUUUUAGUUAAUAUAAACUGUCGGAGUGAUCUUCUCUGGUGGGCUCCCUCUAACACAUUAACAAAAAUAGCUAAAUAAAAAACAUUUAUAAAAAUACAUGUGUGAGCCAGACAGUGAUAGUGCACAUCUUUAAUCCCAGCACU